AUGGCGACGGCCGCGCGGCCACAGACACCCUCACAGGAUGCAUACAUCAUCCCGUACCCUAGCGACCCGGGGGCUUUGAGUCGCGGGUACGGUCCACGUCCUACACUCUCGCGACCGAGUUCCUUUGCAGGCAGCACUUCGGCAUAUCAUUACAGCUCCGGCGCUGUCGAGCCGAACCAGGUCCCCCACAACCCCCGGUUCAAGGAGGACUUCGAGACCGUCAGUCACCGCAGUUCGAUGUACGAAGGUCCGGUGGGGAUGCAGCGGUCUGCCUCCACAGCAUCCCACGUGCGCUCCACGACCCCGUCCCGUACAAGCACCCUACGAAAGAAGGCCUCGCUGAGCAAGAAUGGGAGCUUAAGGCGCAAUGGAAGCCGCAGAAGUAUGCGCGCGGGUAGUGUGAGGAGUCUCAGUUUGGGCGAUCGCGAAAAGUAUCACACCGACGGCGCGGACGAUGUCAACAGCGCUUUCAUGAUUCCGAUCCCUACCAACGGCAACCCGACCGAGGUACUGGCAAAUCGGUUUGGAGCUUGGCGCAAGGUCCUCAAGGACUUGAUUCUUUUCUUUAAGGAGGUGCAGAAGUCUUACGAAACUAGAGCGAAACUGUUCAUGUCCGCCUCCAACGUCAUGAACAACCAGACCCUACCAGCGGGAUUACUCGAGUCAGGUGGUUUGGCCGAAGCGACUGAAAUUCUGCAGAGCUUCCAUCGACAAGGUUAUACGGAGGCCAACAAAGCCGUUGAGGUGGAGGUGGAGGUGAUCAGCCAGUUGACUGGUCUUCGCAGCGAUCUUCAGAAGAAGACAAAGGAGAUCAAAAAUCUAUCGGGUGAUUUCAAAAACACUGUCGAUAAGGAGAUCGACGGUACGCGCAAGUCUGUGCGGAACUUGCACGAGGCCCUCGGGCUUGUCGAUACUGAUCCCUCCGCGACAGCGGGCAGGGGGGAUCCAUUCAUCAUGCGUCUGAAUGUGGAGAGGCAGGUUGAGAAACAGAUCGAAGAGGAGAACUAUUUACACCGGGCCUUUCUGAACCUGGAGAACUCUGGUCGCGAGCUAGAGGGUAUCGUCGUCAGCGAGAUCCAAAAGGCAUACAAUGCGUACGCUAAUAUCCUCCGACGCGAAGCCAACGAGGCUCUUGAUACUGUUGAGAAGCUCCAAACGGGUCCUAUCUCCAUGCCCCAAGAUCACGAGUGGAAUCAAUUUGUCGCCAACACCGACGAACUCGUCGAUCCUCGGAUUCCUCUUCGAAAUGUGGAGAGCAUCACCUACCCUGGCAGGGACCAUCCAGCAGCUGCUGAAGUCAGGGCUGGCAUGUUGGAGCGCAAGAGCAAAUAUCUCAAAAGUUACACUCCUGGCUGGUAUGUUCUGUCGCCGACUCAUCUCCACGAGUUCAAGUCGGCAGAUCGUGUAGCAUGGCAGACACCAGUCAUGUCCCUUUAUCUGCCAGAGCAAAAACUCGGCUCCCACUCACAGGAAGAGUCAAGCUCCCACAAGUUUAUGCUGAAGGGCCGACAGACAGGCGCGAUGCACCGCGGUCACUCGUGGGUCUUCCGCGCUGAGUCUCACGAGACUAUGAUGUCGUGGUAUGAAGAUAUCGAAGGCUUGAUUAGCAAGACGGGAGAAGCCAGAAACGCUUUCGUUCGGCAGCAUGUCCGCAGCGUGAGCGGUAGAUCGAUGAACAGCGAGGUACUGGAGGACGAUGAAGCCGAUCGCACUCCAUAUUCUGCAGGCUCUGUGGUCAUGUCUCACGAUCGACCCACGUCCUCUCGCCAGGCUGGAGGUGCUUUCCCCAGCGACGUUCAAAUCGACCGAAAUCCGGAGGCACCAUUGUCACCUUCCAGCGGGGACAGCUCCGGCGGUAGAGAUAUAUUAGCAGCCGCCGGAUCCUACCAGGAUGGGUCCAGUGCCUAUGAUGACAACUCGCGACCAGUAGAUAACCGCGACAGCGACAAUGCUUCAUAUCAAGUCUAUCGAUCUAACGAGGGGAGCACUGAAAGGUCUCGCCCAAAGGUGACCCAGCACGAUAGCUACUACGGCGACUGGAUUGGACCGUCCGUCGUAGUGGCUAAGCAGAGGCAGAGCCAGCAACCAAGAAACCCGAACCCCGAUGACCGCGAGAUUCGAUCUGAAGGAGACCAGGCUUCGCUUGCCGCCAUCUCGGGUGUCGGUAUCGCUGAUCGUCGUGAUCACUCUGCCCCUCCCCAGAUGGCUCGACGGGAGAGUGUCUCGACAGGUCCUACCAACUCCAAUGUGACUGAAUUUACAAACAACACCAAUGCCACCUCGGUCGAUGAUACCCCGGAUCUCCCCAAGCUUCACACCCUUGGUCUUCCGAAUGGAACCAUUGAUCAAAUUCCCGAAUCCGACAGUGGGCCCAAAGUUCCACCCGAGCUAUUGCGCACCAACACCGAUAAUAGCAUCGUUGCCCUGGGAAUGAAGAUCCCAGGUCGUUAUCCUCCUACCAAUGUCGCAGCGUAG